UUAAAAUCUAGGCAUCUCCAAAAGGCAAGCAGUCUUGUUCACAACAUCUCGAGACUUCGACCCAUAGAAAAUAUUCUUUCUCAUCGCCGCUGAGCCAAAAAUCGACGAACGAAAAUGGUGUACGAAUCCGAUUUUUAUACCACCCGAAGGUAUAGAACAUCCCCAUCUUUGUCGACAUAUACUGUGUCGUAUUCACCUUCAAAGCAAGUGAGAAUCCUACCAGGACUCGGAAAGGUUCAUGUAGUACAUACGUAUGACCGUAUUGUACCAUACGUUGGACACAAAAGGCUCACGGUGGUGAGUGCACCACCUCAAAUCUUCAGAGUUCGGCCCUCUGUCUUACUAAAGGAAUUUGAUCGUAUACAGUACAAAUAUAGACCAGCUGUAACUUAUUCUUACGUGAACAACUACCUAAAUUCCGAUUCAGCUGUGAGGAUAAACUAUCUCGGAAAUUCGAUACCAGACUACAGUUAUCUAUAUAGCACACCCACAUACUAUCAUAGUGUACUUGGACGCCCGUCCAGGUUAUAUUAUGAUAUCUUGGGCUACCCUCGUUGGUCACGUUAUUGGUAUCGUUAUUGGUAUAAUCUUCCGAGCACUCGAUAUUCUGAUUAUCAUGAUUAUGAUGUAACGAGUUACUCUCGAUAUUGGCCAUCGUACUGGUACAGGCGGUACUUAGACUGGUCACCUUCAAAACAAUGGUUCGAUAAUAGCCUUUCUCAUUUGUCCUUAAAAUAUCCAUUAACGUGGUACAGUUUUGACUAUCCCUAUUGGUCAAAGUAUUGGACCAGUUACAGUUCACCCAAUUACUGGACUCCUUAUUAUAAUUGGUCUCGUUAUUGGAGAUCGGCAUGGAAUAGCUAUUGGUAUCGUUGGUACGAUUUAACUUUCAAUGACGAGACAAGUCGCAUUCGUGCCGACGCAGCUGGACUUUUGAAACGAGUUCAUGCUCCUACUCUUCGAUCGCCUUUGUCGUUGCUUCCAUACAAUACCAGGUACUCUGAGCCAAUUUUGACAUCCAGAAUUACUUCUGAUGAUUACAUUUAUAAAAUGCUAACCACAUCUCCGCACAAUACCAAAAUUCAAUACACUACAUACUAUUCCGAACCGAUAAAGAGAUUUUUAGGGCCAGGCCAUCUAGCUGCAGUAACGUAUUCGGGUGGCAAGGGUUAUGGACGUAGACCUCCACAUGUUACUUUAGUUCUAAAUGAUCCUGUCAAGAAUGAUAUUCAGCUUUUAAGCUAUUAUAUUAAUAAAUUCCGAACUGAGAAAGCGUUGGCUAACGAGACAGGACCACUGUCACCCGCACGCCCUUCGCGACAUUUCUCCAAAGUAUCCAUAAUGCCGGAGCCCGAUAAGGAAGAAAAUGUCGAAAAAUCAGAUCGCGCAGCAAUACGUAUGGCUAAAGUUUCGCAGGCGGAAGUUGAAGCUAAGCUUAAACGGCAAAAGGAAAUUGCAAGGCUUGCCGAGGAGAAGGCACUUGCCGAGGAAGCUGCACGUAAAAAAGCGCAAGAUCUUAAAGAAGAGGCUGCAAGGAAGGCCGAAAUCGCGCGCCAAGAAGAGCUUGCCGCUCAGGCAGCUGCCGAACGAGCUGCUGAAUUGGAGCGAAAAGCAGAGGAGGCCAGACAAGAGGAGCUGCGUAUACAGGCCGAACUUGAACGGAAACGUCUGGAAGAAGAAGAAAAUGCACGCCUGGAGGAAGAGCGAAGACAAGCUGAGCUUGCUAAGGCAGAAGAAGAGAGGCAACAACUACUUCGUCUCGAGGAAAUUGCGCGGCAGGCCGAGGAAGAACGUGAACGAGAAUUAGCGCGUCAAGCUGAGGAGUUGGCAGAACUAGCAAGGCAAGAGGCCGAACUUGAAGAGCAAGCACGUCAGGAAGCCGAAGCAUUGGCUUUAGCUAAACAACAAGAAGAACUGGCGGAACUGCAAAGACAAGAAGCCGAAUUAUUAGAGUUAGAAAAACAAGAGAAAGAACUAGCGGAGUUAGCGAAACAGGAAGCGGAACUCGCCGAGCUCGCUAAGCACGAAGCCGAAUUGGCAAAGCAGGAAGCUGAAAUUGCAGACCUGGCAACACAAGAAGCGGAAUUGGCGGAGUUACAACAAAAGCAAUUGGCUGAAUUAGAUGCACUUGAAGCGGAGGCAAAGGCGUUAGAGCAUACGUUCGAUGGAGAAGGAGCCACCGAGGAAUCUGCGCCGCAGGAAGAAGAAAGUGAACAGGCAGUUGAGCAGGAAGAGUACCACGAGGAACCCGCCAUAGAAGAACCCGAAGUGGAAGCCGAAGAGGAGGCGGAAGAGGAAGAAUGAUAUUGACGCUCGCAUGAAACCCAUAACCGCUAUUUUUAUAACUUUUAAUAACCUUUUGCAUGCAUUUACAGUUUGCAAAAUUACCGUCCGUUGCAAACCUCAAAUGGCCGUCCGUUUAAUCCAAUCCUAUCCUCACAACGUUCCUUGUUUCCAUACUUUUUAGUUUGACGCAUUUACUAAUUAACUUUACUUUGCAUUUAACUAGCUUUUCAUAUAUCUACACCUAAC